AUGGCCGAGCGUCGGUGGCAGUCCCGCUUGCCCAUGGCAGUGGGUUUUGAGGGAGGGACUCACACAGUCAGCUCCCCUCCCCACGGGGACCGCUUUGGCCGAGGUGGGACAUCCCGAAUGACCAUCCAGUUGACCCAGCGGUGGGACUGUGGCAGCAGGGACCCGUUUCGGUCCAGUGGCACCUGGACUCCUCAGGCGGAACGGAUGACCUGGGGUGGAGGAGACGGGGCGGGGGAGGGGGAGGGGAAAAGGGAAGGCGGGGGUCCGGUCCGGUGUCCGGCUCCGGGUCACAGGCUGGCUAGCCUCCCCCAUGAGCUGCUGGAGAAGACAAGCUCCCAGAACGCGCUCCCUGAGCCUUGCCGGGUGGCCCUUUGCUCUGGAGAUGCGUUUGCUCAGGAUAAGAAAGAAGAUGAAGGGGCAGCGUCCCCAGCACUUCCUGGCAGCCAAGCCAAAGGCAGUGGCCACAGUGCAUGUGCCUGUGGGGACCCGCCCGAGUUUGUCUGCAGGAGCGACCUUGGCACCUGGGCUGAGGGACUGGCACCUCUGUGGACGGAGCAUGGGGCAAAGUGGCUGUGGGAGCGGCUGGGUGCAGACGCAGCCCAGCUUCCUGGCCCAAUCUCCAUCCAUCGCCUGACCUCUGCUUCUCAGUGCCUCGGCAUGGAACCUCUCCUCUACGCAACCUCAAAGUCCCCCCAAGCUUCGCUGUGCUUUGUCGGCAUCUGUGGGCUCCUGGCGUCGGUCGCCAGCAGAGGGAGCCCUGUGAUGGACGAGCGUCCCUGGCGGUGCUGGCUGAGCCUCACACCUCGCACCGUUAUCCCCCUGAGGGAGCCGGGCGAGGAGGAGGAGAAGGCGUCCUUCGAACACAGUGAGCCGCUCACAACCUGGUCCAGGGACGCGUUGUUGAAGAAAAUCGACUUUGUCCGGGAAAGGCCGUCGCCUAGUUCAGAGUGUUUUGUUGUGAGGUUUCGAGAGAAAACGUGUGUCUAUCAGAAUGGCUACCGCCCGGGGCCGCCAAAUGUCCCUGCCUCCAGCGGCUGCGCUGCUGGCCGCGGGCCGCCGAGGAGGGAGUGGGGCGGGGCUAGAGCGCUUCCCGCGCGGCUCCACGAAUGGAUGUGCCAGUGGACCGAGCGUUGGGUUCACGCGCCCUGUGCGCCCCCGCACUUGCCCUGUGCGCCCCCUCACUUGCCCGCGCCCCGCCCCUCACUUGCCCGCGCCCCGCCCCUCACCUGCCCGCGCGCCCCGCACCUGCACCUGCACGCGCACCGCGCCUCACCUGCCGCUUGCGCCCUGGGGCCACACCUGCGCAUUGGAGUCCCGCCACCAGUUUCCGCUUUGCGAGAAGGAACCGCAGGGAGAGAGUUAGGAAAGGACGGGGCUGGCUCUUCCUCCGGACCCGGAAGGCAGGGUGCUCGGUGUCCCCGCGGGGUCGUGGACCCGUCCCGGGGUGCAUGCAGUGAAGGGGGAGGCUGCGAAGCCACAGCUGAUAUCAUACAACUGCGGGAGGCACCUGUCCGAAGGGAAGCCUUAGAAGGAAUAAGUGGCCAGGGCAGAGAGAGUUCCCCAAGGAAAAGUGGCCCUGGGAAGGCUCUGGGAGUGGCUCCCCGCACGGGAGAGCUGCAGGAGCAGGGUUCAGGGGUGAGUGAGUGUGGGGCGGUGGCCACUUGCCAGAUGGCGCCUGAGGCUGCAGACCUCCUGUGCGCGAAGCAGACCAAGUCGUGGGCCUCCGUGGACUCUGCCUUCUGUGGGAAGAGACCCUUAAGCCAUGCAGGUGAUGAUGGGCUGGACCUGGCGGAGCGCACUGACCUGGAAUCUGUGCACUGGGGCGGUGAUGACCCUGAAAGGAACAGGACCAGAGGAGCCCUGGAGCCUCCACCCGGCUCUCAGCGGGUGGAGGGCGGGGGGUGGUUGGUGUGA